ACAUGGCGGAGGACGCCUCCUCAGCUGCUCCGAGUCCCCGGGGCUGUGCGGAUGGUAGGGAUGCCGACGCUACCGAGGAGCGGAUAGCAGAAACGGAGAGAAACCACGAGGAGCAGUUCGAGUGCCAGGAACUACUCGAGUGCCAGGUGCAGUUGGGGGCUCCAGAGGAGGAGGAGGAUGCGGGCCUUGUGGCCGAGGCCGAGGCUGUGGCUGCCAGCUGGAUGCUCGAUUUCCUCUGCCUCUCUCUUUGCCGAGCUUUCCGCGACGCCCGCUCCGAGGACAUUCUUCAGACCCGCGACAGCACCGAGGCUAUUAUUCAUGGACUAUCCAGUCUAACAGCUUAUCAGUUGAGAACUGUAUACAUAUGUCAGUUUUUGACAAGAAUUGCAGCAGGAAAAAACCUUGAUGCACAGUUUGAAAAUGAUGAACGAAUUACACCCUUGGAAUCAGCCCUGAUGAUUUGGGGUUCGAUUGAAAAGGAGCAUAACAAACUUCAUGAAGAAAUACAGAAUUUAAUUGAAGUUCAGGCUAUAGCUGUUUGUAUGGAAAACAGGAACUUUAAGGAAGCAGAAGAAGUCUUUGAAAGAAUAUUUGGUGAUCCAAAUUCUUACGCGCCUUUAAAAAGGAAAUUGCUUAUGAUAAUCUCUCAGAAAGAUACAUACCAUUCUGUUUUUCAACACUUCAGUUACAACCACAUGAUGGGGAAAAUUAAGAGUUAUGUGAAUUAUGUGCUAAGUGAAAAAUCAUCAACCUUUCUAAUGAAGGCAGCAGCAAAAGUAGUAGAAAGUAAAAGAGCAAGAACAAUAACUUCUCAAGAUAAACCUAAUGGUAAUGAUGUUGAAAUGGAAACUGAAGCUAAUUUGGAUAGAAGAAAAAAUGUUAGUGACAAACAGUCUGUGGUAACUGAAUCCUCAGAGGGUACAGUAUCCUUAUUGAGGUCUCACAAGAAUCUUUUCUUACCUAAGUUGAAGCAUGGAACCCAGCAACAAGACCUUAGUAAAGAAAGAAGAGUAGGAACUCUUCAAAGUGCAAAAAAGAAAAAAGAAAGAAGAAGAGACACUGAAAGUAGAAUACCUGUUUCAGAAAGUCAACCGGUGACUCCUGAAAAACAUCGAGCUAGAAAAAGACAGGCAUGGCUUUGGGAAGAAGACAAGAAUUUGAGAUCUGGCAUGAGGAAAUUUGGAGAAGGAAACUGGUCUAAAAUACUGUUGCAUUAUAAAUUCAACAACCGGACAAGUGUCAUGUUAAAAGACAGAUGGAGGACCAUGAAGAAACUAAAACUCAUUUGCUCAGACAGUGAAGACUGAUUGCGUUUCUAAAAGCUUGAUGAAAGGACAGUUAAGUACAUAUAGAUCACUACAUUUUGUUUGAAACUUGCAUCAUUGAUGUAUUUUAAAACUUUUGUUUAAAGCAUUACAGUAUUUUUCUGUGACCAUCGAUAUAAGGGUUUGUGCUCUAAGAAUUAAAGUAUAUGCUAUCAUUGUGUUCUUUAAGAACGUUUUGAUAAACUGUAAAUUUGUUGAACCCUGCCACAUUUAGUAUCCCCACCUCCAAAUCCUAUUCCAGUGAAAAAAUUAAAAGCUGAUCUGAAAAAAAUAUUUUAAUUAACCUAUUUUGUGUCUGUAGGCUGACCUCAACCCUGUAACGUAACCCAUUGAAAUGAAUUUUUUAGAUAAUUGAAUAACAAUAGUCCUUUGAUAUGAGAUAGUGACUUGGUUUAUGGCCUUAAUAUACUGCUUAAUUACUUAAGACAUUCAUUAAUAGAAUGAUAAAUGUACAAAGUAACCUAUAAGUAU